AUUGCCCUUUUAGUUGAUGGAAAUUGGGGUGAGUGGAGUAAAUGGAGCACUUGUAGCAAGACAUGCAAGCAAGGAAGGCAGUCAAGGAAACGAGAAUGCAACUCGCCAGCUGCUCAAUACGGUGGCAAGAAAUGCCAAGGAGGCCCAAGUGAACAUCAAGCUUGCAACAAAAAUGUUCCUUGUCCAGGUAUUUCAAGUUGUUUUUUUCUUCAGCGUGUCAGUUACAUACUAUACACAGCGCUGAGACUGGUGAACAAAUAGUUUUGUUCAUGACAACUCUAGCUGUAAAUGGUAUCCAUCACGUGACUAGUUACGUAAGGAGAUGUUUUAUUUUUUUAUAGCUAAAUUUCUCCUUGACUCUGUAGAAUACUAUGAGACCUUUGAUAUUUAUUUUUUUUUUUUCAGUCAACGGAAACUGGGGAGAAUGGAGUAAUUGGAGCACUUGUACCAAGACUUGUAAUCGGGGGACACAGUCAAGAAAACGAGAAUGCGACUCACCAGCUGCACAGUAUGGUGGCAAGAAAUGUGAUGGACAGCCUUCCGAAACCCAAGCUUGUAACCAGAGAGUCCCAUGCCCCGGUGAGUCUAUACGUACUAGACUAUAUGGUACAGUCAAUAUAUUCCCCUAAAUCUCGGAAAAAGGAGGCAGGAUGGCUAAGCGGUUAGAGCGCUAGAAUUAAAGGCCUCUAGUUCAACCCUGCCUUAACCGCUGACUGGAUUUGCAUGUUGUCGGUAGUUCCGUGUUCAAUUCCUAAGACACACUUGUAAAUAGCCAACAGGUUUGCCUCCGGUCAGUUGGGAUUCUCGUGGGCCAUAAUGAAAAAUACUGGAUUACCAGUAAUUUUAUCACCCCAUGGAUAACACAUCUUUUUGGUCAUAAUGAACAACUGAUCAUGAGACCAGGCAAUUUACUGAGAAGUCACAUACUCCUAGACCAAGAGAGUCAAAACCUCAAAAGUACAAUAAAUGGUAAAAAAUAACUAAAUAGAAGAAUAAAUGAAUAAAUAUAUAAUUCCAAAAAAACAAAAACAAAACAAAACAAAAACAAAACAAAUAGACAUACAAGCAAACAAACAAACAAAAAAACAAAGAUCAUCAAUAUGUAAGCGUAUGGAAACCUACAUUCACCUAAAGCAUUUUAGAAAGUCGUGGGCAUUCCAGUAUAUACUUUUUUCAUUUUUUUUUUCCCAGUUGAUGGAAACUGGGGAGAAUGGAGCCAGUGGAGCACUUGCACAAAGACAUGCAAAUAUGGGAAACAAUAUCGAAAACGAGAAUGCAACUCGCCAGCUUCAAAACAUGGCGGAAAGAAAUGCGUUGGACAACCUUCUGAAACCCAAUCUUGCAACGAAAGAGUGCCGUGUCCAGGUUAGCAUUGCUGAAUUAAGAAAAAAAAAAUGCGCUCUCCUGUUCGAAAUGAUACUCUUCUUAUCCAGGAGCAGAUCUAGGAUAAAUACUGACCGAUUUCCUUAACUUAAGUCAUUGUGGCAAACAGCAAAAAGUAACUAUUUUACCUGUAUAUACAAUGGAAGAGGGGCAUUACGGAAUCAGUUAGAAGGCUUACUCUUCGAUUCGACAGCAACUACUCGGAAGGUUUCUAAGGAAGAGAGUGAGCUUUCUAACUGAUAAAUAGAAUGAUAUAAUUCGGCGAAAAUAGAAUAGAAUAAAUUGAAUUGCUUUAUUAUUCAUUUAGUUAAUGGAAACUGGGGGGAAUGGAGUCAAUGGAGCACAUGCACUAAGACCUGUAAGCAGGGCAGACACACCAGAAGCCGUAAAUGCGAUUCACCAGCUCCAAAGUAUGGCGGGGAGAAAUGCGAUGGCUACUCCAGUCAAACUAAAGUUUGUAACGAAAAUAUCAACUGUCCAGGUAAUCCAAAAUUCAAAGUUUAUGGAACUGACGUAUCAUCUUUUAACUCAUUAUCCCCGGUAAUGGCAGCACUUCCAGUUUCAAAUCUCGGCAAAACACUGCCUGACAGAGCAAAAAACAACAACAACAACAACAAACAACAAUAAUGACAAACUAUGGAUUUAUUUGUUUUUAUAGUUAAUGGCAACUGGGGAGAAUGGAGCGAGUGGAGCGCAUGCACUAAGUCCUGUAAACACGGAAAGCAGUCGAGAAAACGAGAAUGUAACUCACCAGCUCCAAAAUAUGGUGGUAAGACAUGUGACGGAGACUCGAGCGAAUACCAGGUCUGCAACGAAAAUGUCCCCUGUCCAGGUAUUUAGAUACAUAUAACUUGCUUGCGGUUGGUGAAUACGAAAGCCGAGGAGGGACUUCAGACUUCAGACGUACAAAGUUUGAACUCCGAAUUUCUGAUUUUUGAUUUCAGACCCAAUUAUGGCAUGUUGCUGUUCCUCACGCAGUUAUGUUUUGAUACGUUUUAGAUUGUUGUCCAAAGUGACGCCUAGCUGAAUCCACCUUUUAGUUUAUUGAAAGAGCUUAAAAAACGAUUAGAUAUCCCGAUGAUCUGAAAUGAUCGGGGACCAAUAUGGAGAAUCGGGAGCGUUUAUAUUUCCCGAUGCGUCCCAGAUUUCGGCGAUGGUCGGCGAUCGUUCCCGACAAAUGAAAUGGGCAUCACUUUGGACAACAAUUUAAAGCGUACCAAAACAUAGCUGCUGGAGGAACUUACACAGCCAGUCAAAACUGAGUCUGAAGUAUGAGUUUUGAAGUCUGAAGUCUUAAGUCUGAAGUCCCUCCUUGGCUUUUGUAGAUGAAGGGUGCAUUAAAGUUUGUAAUAUUUAACAACUCCUUUUACAUGUUAAUCUUUUGUAACGACAUAAACAGUGAAUGAAAACAAUUUCUAAUUGAAUCUCGACGAAAUAAAUGUUAUCAAUUACUUGUUCAGUUGACGGUAAUUGGGGAAAAUGGAGUGCUUGGAGCACCUGUACGAAGACGUGUAAACAGGGAAAGCAAUCAAGGAAACGAACGUGCGAUGACCCUGCUCCACUGUAUGGUGGCAAAAAAUGCGAAGGAGAUUCAAGCGAGGAUCAAGUUUGCAAUGAUAAUGUCCCAUGCCCAGGUGCGGUGUAUUUUCUGCUAAAUUAGAUCAGUCCAUGUACGUUUUGAUUACGAAAAGAGGUUUUCUGUCUCUUUUUCAUAUACCGCCACUAAACAUCUCUUUAAAGGGUACAUACUUUUAUCCAUGACAAAAAAGCAUUUUAACUAACGCAGUCAAACCGUGCAAAAAUAGAGGGAGAACUUUUUUUCAGGAUUUGUUGUUUUGGGCCUUAAAGGACAAUCAUGUCCAUUCUUUUAUUAUCACAAAUAUCAAAUACAAGUAUAUUGUGCUCUAACUCGUAAGGAAACAACGUUAAAGACAAAAUUACGUGUAACGGACAAAAUUAUAGCUUUGCGACAACUAUUAAGAGCGACUGUCUGUAAAUAUCGACCAAAAUCGUCUUUUUGUGGCACAAGUUCAAAAUUCGAAUUUCGCUCAUUUUUGGCUCAUCGAUAACCCUUAAUGAGUAAUGAAACAUGCUGUAGUUAUUUUUCCCAAAUAACGUAUUCUUUUGUUAAAAUUCGAGAAAACUCAUUUUGCCCGUUCGGAGCUCAAAAUCCACUUCCGGUAAAACGAAAUUUUACACAAAGUUCAUUGACUCGUAUGUCAAACUACAAAGAUUUGGCAGCCUUUGAAGAAAACGAAUAGUUUUUAUGACCCUUUCUUUCGCAUAAGACGACAAAUUGGUGAAAGCUGUAAUAAGUUUGUGGCGAAAAAGGUAUUGUUAAAAAUAAGCCCUAUUGACAAUUUCACCGGUUCAAAAUUAUAGGGUUAAAAUAAUGUGAAUUUUUACAAUGCGCUAUAACUUAGAAUUUCGCAAAUUGACUUUCUACGGUUUAACUAGGCCCCAAUAUAUCAGAAAAUCGAAACAAAUCUCUGGGCAAACGAUUUUAAGUAGCCCGCAAGACGCCCAGUUCAACCCUAAUUUUGCGAAAAAUCGCGACAUUCCAGUCGUUAAAAAUAGCGUGACACGGCCCGUCACGCCAGCGGUGUUAACGACAGAUUCACUUUCAACAUUCUAUUCAACACUGAUCACAUGCCGAAUUCCAGCAUAAAAUCUAUAUUACAUCUUUCAAUAACCUUAUCUUAUUUAGAAGAGUCAUUUUGUUUGGAUGCAAUAUAUAGUGUAGAAUUGCUCAAAAGUCGGCUUUUUUGAGCGACGUCGGCAAGACGUCGACGACCGAGCCGAACGAAAACAAACUUUGAACAAGUACAGUGGUGUGUUUCAUUAAUUUAAGCAUCCGUCAAAAGGCAUAAAUACGUUAAAUUUAAGACAGGGAUAACCAAUAUUAACUAAUUCGAACAAUGUUUUUUUCUUGCGAGUUUUCUCUUUCAAGUAAUUAUGUAUAAGUAUAAAUGUACGUUUGGAUGUAUUACUAUCACGCUUAUAAAGAUACAUUGUAACGAACGUUUCAGACAACGUUUUAACUCGUUUCGAUCGAAGAUGAAACGCCAUCAUCAAAAACAAAUCACCAAAAACUUUCCUCUACAGCAAAACGGAAAAUAGAGAAAAAAGCGGCGUUUUACUAAUGCUAAAGCAGGAAUAGUUGCAGCGUGAUCAUGAGCGUUUAAAAAUGGCAAAUGCGCCUAAAUGGACAUCUUCCCUUGCAUCGCCAUUGGAAAACAACUCUCUGGCCCACUAUGAACUAGCCUGUUCCAGGCGUAGUGGACAGUGGAUAGUGGAUAGAGGACAGUGGCGCAAAAUGGGGAAUGGAGGAAAACAAACGUGGAAAAGAGUAAGAGGGAGAGACUAGGAGGACCUUUCGCCCUCAAUCCCUAACCCCGCCCCUUCGCCAUUUUUUCUAGCCCACUUUUCUUUGCGUUUUCCCAACUAUCUGAAGGCCUGUUACAGGUUACCUACGUCCUUCAUUUACAAAUUUUUACGGUAUAUAAUGUAUUUAUUCGAUUAACCGCCCUGGGCGCUUAUUAAAUUUUUGGACCUUGAGAGUGGGCGCUUAUUCGAGGCUGGGCGCUUAUUAAAUUUCGCCAUUCUCAGCAAGUGUAGUAUGUUUAUUUUGCAACAAAGCAAUAAAUGGUAAUUGCAAAAAGCGGACAUGUAACAAAGCAAGGUUUCUGUAAAAUGCUCUGAAGAAAACUCCGUCUUCGGGAGGGUGUAUUAUUAUCUCUUAUUUAAGUCUGUGAACGAGGGAGUGGGAUGGUGGUGGGCGCUUAUUAACUGUUCUGCCUUUAGGAGGGGCGCUUAUUCGAGGUGAGCGCUAAUUUGAGGUUGGGCGCUUAUUCGAAUAAAUACGGUAUUCAACUUGAGCGCCGAGCACUUUUGGCGCUUUGUUAUUGAUCAGCAGGAACGGAUUUGGUAGUACUAACUUUUCAAUUGCUUUUAGACUGCGAAUUUUUUUUCUUUCUUUCUUGUUUUCUUUCUAAUAUUUUUUCUUUGUCAGUUUCUACCGUAUUUUUUAGACUUAUUUUUCGAUCCUCUCCCCAGUCUCACUCACUCUGCCCCGCCUCCCCUUUUUCCGAAAAAAAAAGGAAACUUUCCUCAUCCUCCGUAGCCUUAGUCCAUGAAACGUAGACGCCCAAGCGGGCCUCCAAAACCUUACCUUUGUCUUUGUCACAAACCGAAUAAGACUGAAAGCCUUAGUCUGCUUUACGUAAGUACCGUGUAGAUCUCCAGAAGAAUUGUUUGCAGCCGGCCCCCUGCUGCUGGUCAAUAUAUAGGAAGGCUAUUCCAAAGAACUGCUCCAGAAAAACUAUUUUUCUUAACAUUUUUCUGGGGUAGAGGAAUAGCGAGUUUUCUGUGUCUCUUAAUAAGUAAUUAGAGAUAUUGCAACGUUCUGCCCUUGCUACGAUCUACUAUGCACUUAACAAGGCCCCUCAAGGUACUUAAGAUAUAUGACGCAUAUUCCAGGAUACACUCGCCUCUCACCGCUCUUUGACGAAAUGUUCCUAGCGGCAGACAGCGAAGAGGGGAAGCUGUAUCGCAGGCUUUUGGACACAAGGCUUAUCUACUAUUUACAUGGGUAAACCGGCCGCUCCACUGUUUGGGCAAAUGGUGAGGAGAAUUCAGGACUGAUUAAUUUUGAUUCCGUUCGGUAAUCGCGUUUACCAUUUGCCUAAGUCAGUUUCGUUUACUGAAGGCCCCGAAAGCCUGAAACUGAUAUUCAAAAAAGCUUUGAAGACAUGAAAUCCGAACUUCCGCUUGAAAGUUUCCAACCAGGAAGACCAGGAAAAUAGGCGAAUGCCUUUUCAGACGUUCCGUUUGUUUCAGGAAUUUUCCACUGAAACGUCGAAAGCAACCCGAAACUGAGUUAAUGGUAAGCCUGGCAAAGCACCAAAGUGUCCUCUUAGUUUGUUUGAAUGGGUCAUGUAUAUAGUCAUGCAGUAGCUUCAUGAUUCAUACACGUUGUCAUACAAGUAUAUAGGCUCCUCUUUGGCAUCCACCUAGCUUUUUUUUCAGUUUUGAGAGCCCGCAAGGGUAAAAACUUCGAAAAGAACUAUUGCACCAAUACUUAGUCUAAAAUAUUUUUAUUCUUUAAAAUUGCUCCACGGAAAUUAGUUUUUAUAAACCAAAUGGCAUUGAUUGGCGAUGAUUUAAUUCGUAAAUAUCUCUCAAUGCAAAAAUUCAUUCAGUAAUCAGUUUUGUUCUGUUUAUAUACCAUUUUUUGAGGGAAAUCGCCAGUCUGAAACUGAACAUGAAAGUGUGUGACGCUAUCCCAGGGACCCUAUAUGUUGUAUCUGAAGAAAAUGCUGCAAUCAAUGAGAAUCAUAGGUUUACUGAACGAUUUAAUUUCGAAUUGGCUUUCAAUCUGCCUUUAACUAAAUUGUUUAAAGCAUAUCUAUAGGCAACACUGGCGUGACGGGCCGUGUCACGCUAUUUUUAACCACUGCAAUGUCGCGCGUUUUUUUGCAAAACUCAACGUCUUGCGGGCCACUUAAAAUCGUUUGCCCAGAGAUUUGUUUCAAUUUUCUGAUAGAUUGGGGCCUAGUUAAGCAGUAGAAAGUCAAUUUUCGGAAUUUUAAGUUAUAGCGCACUGUAAAAAUUUGCAUUUUUUUAUCCCUAUAAUUUUGAACGGUAGAAAUGGUCAAUAGGGCCUAUUUUUAACAAACCUUUUUGGCCACAAAAUUAUUACAGCUUUCACAAAUUUAUCGACUUAUAAGAAAGAAAGGGUCAUAAAAACUAUUCGUGUUUUUCAAAGGCUGCCAAAUCGUUGUGGUUUGACGUACGAGUCAAUGGAAUUUGUGUAAAAUUUCGUUUUACCGGAAGUGGAUUUUGAGCUCCGAACGGGCAAAAUGAGUUUUCUCGAAUUUUAACAAAAGAACACGUUAUUUGGGAAAACUAACUACAGCAUGUUUCAUUACUCAUUAAGGGUUAUCGAUGAGCCAAAUAUGAGCGAAAUCAAAUUUUGAACUUGUGCCGACCGUGGGUCUAUAUUUACGGAAAGCCGCUCUUAAAGAACAAUAUUUAAGAUUAAACACAACACUGUAGUAAUUUUUUGAAAGGAAGAAAUGCCAAGGAGACCCAAAUGAAUACUAAGUUUGCAACGAAAAAGUUCCUGGUCCAGGUAUUUCAAGAGUAUGAAGUAGUUUUUCUGCAUGUAAAACGAGGGAUUUUUCUCCUUUUUGAUCGGUUACAUAUUAUUAUGUACAGCGCAGAGACUCCGGUCCGCAAAUUGCGGUGCAAACGUCAACCAAAUGGUAUCUAUCAUGUAUUCAUUAGUUUAUUAAAGCGAACUUCCUAUUAGACUUUGUAGAAUACUAUAAGUGUUUUGAUAUUUUUCUUCAGUCGACGGAAACUGGGGAGAAUGGAGUGAAUGGAGUACUUGUACCAAGACUUGCAAACAGGGAAAACGAUCGAGGAAACGAGAAUGUAACUCGCCAGCUCCACUGUAUGGUGGCAAGAAAUGCGAUGGAAUCUCAAGCCAAGACCAAGCUUGCAAUGAAAAUGUCGAUUGCCCAGGUGAUAAAAGAAAGAACAAUGUUAAUUGGGUUGACUGCCAAUAGUAUAUGGACUGUCAUUGUUUUAAACUAUUGGGGUUUAUUGACUAUUAAGGAAACCCUUGGAUUAGGCAAGCCUGAGACAUUGUUCUCAGUGUGUUGGAAACUUAUGACAGCUUAACCCUCGGACGUACAAGAGGGGGUUGAUGCAACCCCUCAAAGGUUUUUUUGAGUUUUUUCCAAGGGGAUAAAACAUCGGCACCUGAAGUUUUCAGUAGCUGUUCGAUCAUCCCUUACGCACAUUUGGAGACAUUUUGAGUUCAGUUAUGGUCAGUUGCUAUGGUUACGAGAGAUGACGCCAUAAGUAGCAGGUGGUCAAGCCUUUUUGGGGUGAAAAUACAAUUUUUUUUAACUUCUUUCAACAAUAAAAGUAAAUAUUGGGGCUAAAAUCAUUCAAAGUGAUUAUGUAUGUGUUAUUUUUCACGUAAAGCACAAAAAAUUACUAUUUCUCGCGAUUUUAACCUGAUUUGUAAUUCUUGGUAAAAUCCAAGAUAGCCACCAUUGUUGGUGACGUCACCUUCCUCGAGCAGCGCCAUCAUCCAUAAAAUAUACGGGGGGGGUAUGAAUUUGCGUGUGCGUCCGAGGGUUAAGUGAGAGUUACUUGGUAUCUUUUUAUUUCAGUGGACGGCAAUUGGGGAGAGUGGGGUGCGUGGAGUAAAUGCAGUAAAUCAUGCGGAGGAGGGGAACAUGCGAGGGUUCGCCAAUGUAACAGUCCUGCCCCUGCUUACGGAGGAAAGCCCUGCGAGGGUCCAUUUAGACAAAGACGUCUAUGCAACAAGGAAAAUUGCCCAGGUAUGGUUACCGCAUGAAUACCAUCCCGCGAGCGGUUUGUUUGUUUUGUUCUUAUUUUGUUGUUGUUUUGUUUUGGCCAUGUUAUUUUUUUUCCCUUAAGGGAAUUUCCUACAAAUGACAGUUUAACAUUUCUAUUGCUUGAUUAGUGGAUGGUAACUGGAGUGAGUGGAGUGAAUGGAGUACCUGCAGUAAGACAUGCAAACAAGGAAAACACUCCAGAAGUCGUAAAUGCGACUCACCAGCUCCAAAGUAUGGUGGGAAGAAAUGCCAAGGGGAAUCCAGCGAAAUUGAAGCCUGCAAUGAAAAGGUUCCAUGUCCAGGUGAGUUUGAUUAAUAUUCUGCCUUUUUCCGCCACGCUUGGAUAAAGCUAUUUCCGGAAGAACUCAUCAAUAUCUGAAUGCAACGCACCAGCUGCAAAUUUUGAAUAAAAGCUAUUUUUCUUUGACAGUGGAUGGUAUGUGGGGUUCAUGGAAUUCUUGGAGCCCUUGUAGUACAACGUGCGGAUAUGGAACACGAGAGAGGAGACGACUCUGCGAUAACCCAAAACCAGCUUACGACGGCAAGAAUUGUUUGGGUGUUGGAUACCAAAAACGGAGAUGCCAUGCUUACUACCCUUGUCCAAGUACG